UGCAGGAUCUCACUGAUCAUCAGCUGAAUCCAAACGUCCUUGAGCCGAUGGCUCUGCAGGAUCUCACAGAUCAUCAGCUGAAUCCAAACGUCCUUGAGCCGACGGCUCUGCAGGACCUCACUGAUCAUCAGCUGAAUCCAAACGUCCUUGAGCCGAUGGCUCUGCAGGAUCUCACUGAUCAUCAGCUGAAUCCUCCAGAAGAUCCUCAGUCUGGUUCAUCUGAGCCAGAUCAAGAUCCAGAUGCUUCAAAGAUGACAGCUGUCGUAGCACCAUCUGGCCUUGUGCCAGCGGCUCUGCAGGAUCCAGCUGAUCCUCUUCCAGGCCCGUCUACUCUUGAUCCAGUAGCCCCCAAAUUUCCAGGUGCUUCCAAGCAUAGACGAAUCACAGAUCGAACCCAUUUCAGAGCAGCCUGUUUCACCGAUCCAACUCCUGUUCCAUUUGAUGAGAUUUAUGAAGUGGGAGAAGAGAUUGGAGAAGGAGGCUUCGGCACUGUGUACGAGGGGAUUUCGAAAUUUCUACGUGAGCAGGUCGCCAUCAAAUUCAUCCCCAAGUGUGAAACAGACCGGUAUAUUGAAAUACCUGGCUGUUCAAAGCCGCUGUUUGCAGAAGUGGCUCUAAACCUGCUGCUGAAACGACCUCCGUUAAGCCCCUACAUUGUGCACAUGCUGGAAUGGUUUGAAGAGGACGAUCAGUUCAUCCUGAUCCUGGAAUAUCCACAACCCUGCAAAGACUUGCUCAAGUUCAUGGUUAACAAUAUGCAGCGAGUAAACGAAUCGCAGACACGUAGGCUGAUGUACCAAGCGGUGCUCGGGGCCAAGCACUGUCUUGACCGAGGCAUCUUCCACCGUGACAUUAAAUUGAAUAACUUUCUGAUCAACACAAAGACUAACCAAGUCAAACUGAUAGACUUUGGCUGCAGUGACCUCGUCAAUACUUCAGGCUACUUGGGUGAUUUUACAGGAGUCUGCCCACCUGAAUACUACAAGGACUUAAAAUACGAGGCAGGGCCAACAACCGUCUGGUCUCUGGGCAUAAUGAUGUACUCAAUGAUGUGCAGAUGUCAGCCCUUUAAAAGUCUAGAAGACAUGACACAUGGCAGUCUGAGUUUUAACGUCAGAGUAUCCACAGAAUUGCAAGAUUUGAUAAGCCGCUGCCUGGCUUAUCUCCCAACGGAGAGAGCAACUAUUGAGGAGAUCCUACAGCAUGAAUGGUUUCAGCAGGGACAGAUGUCAGGAGGAGCUCAGGAUCAGGUACUAACAGCAGAUGCCGCAAACUGGCCCCAGUGAGGACAAACUGCACAAACCAUUCAGCAGAGUCUUCAGAGCAGCACGCUUAGUUAAAAAAAGAAAGCAGCAAACCUGGUGGGCAAAAUGAAAAA